UCGGUCCUGGGGCCUUUCUAGCUGGCGGGCGGGAGGAAGUGGGAAAGAACCGGGAGGACCGGGGCGGCCGUUCCGGGGAGCGGGCCGCGGAGGUAGGGGCAGUCCCCGGAGGAGGUAGAGGGGGGUCCCGGUACUGCUUCCUGGCGGACGGCGCUCACAUCGCUCCUCCCGGAGCCCGCUUUCUCUGCGCCCUCCGGCUCCCGCCGGCGCCCUGCUCCCACCUUGCUCUCCUCCGCCUCGCCUCCGUCCCUGCCCGGCCUCCAGCCCCGGAGCUCAGCCUCCGCACGCCCCUCUCCCACACGUCGCCGCCGGAUUUCCACCCUGUGCCAUGCGCCCUGCUUCUCCCGUCUUGAUUCCCACAACCAGGAUCACCCUCCAGGGCCCUCCUGCCCGGGCCUACCCCAGCCCCGCACCUCCCCACAGAGAGCAUUCCCGCGACCCCACCUCAAGCCCAGCCCACCCGCACCCCACUCCCCGCAGCCGCGGGCUGAGGAGGCGGAGCUCGCGUCUCGCCUUGCGCGGCGACGCGCCAGUCGCGCAGGUGAACCCCAGGUCUCCUGUGUUGGCUAGUUGAGACUCGUUAAUAUGGCCUUCUACAAUUACCAUUCAGUCUUAGCUAUUCUCCGGACAAGAUUCCCUAGCCAUUUUGUCCUUCCUACCUGCUCUUCUUAUUCUCCAUCGCUUGCAUUUCUUCACUUGCCAGAUUGCUUAAGUAAGAACUAUAUGAAGAACUACGGAAGUAAGAAGUACUCUUACGCCCACCAGUCAGCCAGUGGAGGACUUCACUUAUGGACUAGACUAAUCCAAAAGCCACACAUAUCAACUUGUUGGCUGCACCAGAGUCCUAGUAAGCCUCAGUUGGAGCAAACCUCGGAAAAGCCAAAAGAGACAAGUCCUCAGUCCACAAAAAGACCCGAGACAAAGAUUAAUGAAAGAAAACAAUCUAUCAGACAGAAAGUCGUGGAUGAACUUAAAUAUUAUUACAAUGGAUUCCACUUACUUUGGAUUGACACCAAAGUGGCUGCUAGAAUGGUUUGGAGACUGCUGCAUGGGCAGGUGCUGACCAGACGAGAGAGACGAAGGCUGUUGAGAACUUGUGCUGACGUCUUCCGCUUGGUUCCAUUUAUGGUGUUCAUAAUUGUGCCCUUCAUGGAGUUGCUGAUACCAGUGUUUGUGAAACUCUUCCCAAAUAUGUUGCCAUCAACUUUUGAAAGUGAAUCCAAAAAGGAAGAAAGACAGAAGAAGAAAAUGGCUGCAAAGUUGGAGCUAGCAAAGUUCCUUCAAGAAACAAUUACAGAAAUGGCAAAGAGGAACAAGGCCAAAUUGGGAGAUGCCUCAACACAGUUCUCAUCCUACGUGAAACAGGUCCAGACAGGCCACAAGCCCAGCACAAAGGAGAUAGUUCGAUUUUCCAAACUCUUUGAGGAUCAGCUCGCCCUGGAGCAUUUAGAGCGUCCUCAGCUGGUUGCCCUUUGCAAACUGCUAGAAUUGCAGUCCUUUGGAACCAACAAUUUGCUCCGCUUUCAGCUCUUGAUGACACUGAAGUCUAUAAAAGCAGAUGAUGAAAUGAUUGCCAAAGAAGGAGUGAAGGAUUUGAGUGUGUCAGAACUACAAUCUGCCUGUAGGGCCCGAGGGAUGAGAUCCCUGGGUCUUACUGAGGAACAACUACGACAGCAGUUCACAGAGUGGCUGGACCUCCACCUAAAGGAAAAUGUCCCUCCUUCUCUUUUGCUCCUGUCACGUACCUUCUACCUGAUAGACGUGAAACCAAAGCCAAUUGAGAUUCCACCAAGCAUAAAGGCUCCAAAGACAAAUGUUUCUGUGAAAUCACCUACCUCUCCUGAAUCUAAAGAGAACGUGGUAGAUUGUGCGCCUCAGCUGAAAGGAACUAAGGGUGAAGAAUUUGUACAACUACCCUCAGUACCGUCGACACCCAUAAAACCAUCAGCACCUACUUCUUUACCCAAAGGAUCCAUCACUACUUCGAAAGAGACUACCCUGCAGGCCAAAUCUAAGAAGAUCUCUCAGACCAGCAAGGCGAAUUCCAAAGUAGCCUAGGGCCCAGCGGAAGGCCCUGGGAGCGGCACCGUGGCCACGAAGGACUUCCAGCUGCAACGCGGUGUCUGCUCUGAGGAUCAGCCAUUUCCUCCUCGGUGGGCUUGUAACCAUUCCAGGGAUCAGCAGUGACACAAACUCAGGCCAUUUAGAGAAAUCUAAUUCAAAGCCCAAUUUCUCUGUACUAACGUGUCAUCCCACUAAACUUUAUGUAAAGCCUAUCCCCUCCAUGUUGUUUUUGAACAGCUUCCUGUUUGUGUCUCUUUUGAGAGAAGGUUGUUGUUGCAUAAUGGAAGCAGCCUGGCACCUUGGAUACUCCUGCCUCCUAUCGCUUGAAAUCCCCAGUCAAAACUUCGGACUCCGAAGUUCAUUUUCAGAGCAUCUGACCAUCUUUUUCACACUGGUUAUCCGUAGGAACAGUGCCCUGGAAACAAAGCACCCUGUGAGACCAGAUGGAUCUACUUCUUAGUAAAGCCUGCUUAGAGGAAAUAUUGGGAAGUUAAACAGACUGGCAAUCAAAAUGACUUGGCUGCUGCUUAGCUGUUCAGACAAACAUCAACCUCCUGUGCCCACAGAGGCUGCAAGAGUCUGGAAGGUGGCCACUAUUCUAGCACAUAUGGCUUUUAUUAGCUACCAUUGUGCUAGGAAACAAAAUUAAGGGUUUAAGGCUUACCCAUUUGUGCUGGGUGUGUUUGGUCAGUUUGUCUUUCACAAAUGAGACUGUCAUACGGAAUCAGUCAUAUACUCCUGUGCUAUCCAGUAGUAAGUAUUAUGUUAGGCUUCAGGUAUGUUGUUUCCAGUAUCAAUACCGGAAACAACUUGCCAAGACUGUCAUACCGCUGACCAAAAGGUUUCUUCCCUUGGGGUAGGGAAGAAGUUAUGUUGGCCUGUCCAUGACGAAAUUA